CAAACGCUCCAAGUCAGAGAACCCAGACGGAGCCUCCCUCCCUGGCUCCACACCUUAUCCCCAAAACCCUAUCAACCCAAAGCCUCCAAUCGAACUCCUCCCCUGCUCUCCUCUCCCCAUGGCGGCCACGCUCUUCUCCACCUCCCUCUCGCCCCAGUUCCUCUCCCUCUCCGCCAAGCCCACCCCCUCAGCCCCUUCCGCCACCGCCGCGUUCCCCUCGGGACCGCCGCAGCUCCGCGCGCUCUCCGCCGCGGCGGCGGGCUGGAGGCCGCUGGCGCCCGUGCGCGCGGCCGCGGCUGUGGCGGAGGAACUCGAGGCGGAGGUGCAGGCCGGCGGGGAGGAGGAUGAGGAGUUCUCCGCGGAUCUCAGGAUCUUCGUCGGCAACCUGCCCUUCAGCGUCGACAGCGCCCAGCUCGCGGGACUCUUCGAGCAGGCUGGCUCCGUCGAGAUGGUCGAGGUCAUCUAUGACAAACUGACCGGAAGAAGCCGGGGAUUUGGGUUUGUGACAAUGUCUUCUGUCGAAGAAGUUGAGGUGGCUGUUGAGCAAUUCAAUGGCUAUGUACUUGAUGGAAGAAGUUUGAAGGUGAAUUCAGGGCCAGCGCCACCUAGGGAGCAGUCCUCACCAAGAGGACCAAGGGGCGAAGCGAACAGGGUCUACGUGGGCAACCUUUCCUGGGGCGUCGACAAUUCUGCCCUCGCUAACCUGUUCAACAAGCAAGGAGAGGUCCUGGAAGCCAGGGUCAUCUACGACAGGGAGAGUGGGAGGUCAAGGGGGUUUGGUUUCGUCACGUAUGGAUCCUCCGAGGAGGUCGAGAACGCAAUAUCAAACCUCGACGGCGCCGACUUGGAUGGCCGGCAGAUCCGCGUCACGGUAGCAGAGUCGAGACCACCCAGGGGACAAUACUGAAACCCCGCUUCGGAUGCUCAGAAACGGUACCAUAGCUCAAAAUAUGGAUUAUAGUUUCGUGAUCAGUCUUUCUCUUCAGGAUCCUUAGCUGUAGUAUAGGUGGACUCCAUCAUACAUGAUUUGGUCUUGACCUUGGUCGAGCUUCUGAAGUUCUCAUGUAUAUGGUUCGUUAUGCAUGCUUGUAACAGCGGAUUCCCAUGCUCGGUAGCCCUCUACAGUCUCUACUACAUUGGCUGCGCAUUACGUGGCGCCUGAUCCCGUA